AUGGACCGCACAGAUCUCGAAACAUACCAAGUUCAACUCUCUCAGGUUGACACUGCCCUCCAAGCAGAACCUGCUAAUGCAGAACUUGCCUCCCUUCGCGCGGAGUUACAGGAGCUAAUCGCCCUUACCCAAACGGCGCUUGCUCAGGCAGCAGAAGGAUCGUCCUCAAAGGUCGAGUCCUCUCGCAAAACAGCAUCUAUUCCAAGUCUCGCUUGGUCCGCAGGAGAUGAAUGCAUGGCCAAGUACUCCGCUGACGGGGCUUGGUAUCCAGCUCGAAUCACUUCCGUAGCAGGCUCUGAACAAAACCGUGUAUACACAGUAAUGUUCAAAGGCUAUAACUCCACGGAACAGGCUAAGCCAUCCGACUUGAAGCCUCUCCCUGUCAGCUACACUAGCACGGUGUCCGCGACGAAGAGGAAACAUGAAACCGAUGAUGAAAAGGAGCGGAAGAAGAAGAAAAACGAGAAGAAGCUGGAGACGAGGGCGGCAAAGGCUAAAGAGCAGAAUCAUAAGCAGGCCACAUGGCAAAAGUUCGCCAAAAAGUCUGAGAAGAAGGGCGUGCAUAUCGCAGGCGUAUCUGGGACGAGCAUAUUCAAAACGCCGGAUAAUCCGUUAGGGAAAGUCGGAGUCACUGGAAGCGGGAAAGGCAUGACACAAGUAACCCUUCUGGGUAAGCACAAGUUUGCGCCGACUGAAGAUGACAAUCCAUAA